GUGGGACAGGAUGUCUCUAUGGAGACCCGGAGAAACAAGGGAUAAUAAGGCAGAGCCUCCCGGGCGCAUUCCCGCCGAGCUACCGGCAGGGAGCGGAGCACAGGAGCCGCCGCCCGGCCUGUCACUCGGUCCGUCUGUGCUGCAGCCGGCAGCUCCGCCCGAUCCGCGCGCUGCAGGGACAACCCCGAAGGCGAGAGGAGGACACCGAGAGGCUCAACGGUUUACCCCGAGUCAGUCAAGUCCUAAAGAGCAGACUCAGCAUUUGAACUCGGGCCACUGAUUCUAAAUCGAGUGGUUUUUAGGUCAGCAUGGCAGGGCACCCUGACGUGGAAGGCUUGGAGGAGAGCUUCCGAAAGUUUGCCAUCCAUGGGGACACCAAGGCCACGGGGCAGGAGAUGAACGGCAAGAACUGGGCCAAACUCUGUAAAGACUGCAAGGUGGCUGAUGGCAAAAAUGUCACGGGCACAGACGUGGACAUCGUCUUCUCCAAAGUCAAGGGGAAGACUGCGCGCGUCAUCAAUUAUGAGGAGUUUAAGAAGGCCCUGGAGGAGCUGGCUGCAAAGAGGUUCAAGGGCAAGGACAAGGAGGAGGCCUUUGAUGCCAUCUGCAAGCUGGUGGCAGGCAAAGAGCCGGCCAACGUAGGCGUCACCAAAGCCAAGACAGGAGGAGCGGUGGAACGCUUGACUGAUACCAGCAAGUACACGGGCUCCCACAAGGAGCGCUUCGACGAAAGUGGCAAAGGAAAGGGCAUCGCCGGGCGCCAGGACAUCCUGGAUGACAGCGGAUAUGUCAGCGCCUACAAGCAUGCAGGAACCUAUGACUCCAAGGUGAAAAAGUGAGGCCCAAGCAGCUGCCUCCCCCCACCCAGGGGCCAGGCCCAGGCCCGAAGGGUACAGGAAUGGUGGGGAGGAAGGGGCCCGACCACCUCCCUCCCGCCUGGGUGGCCCCAUGCGGCCCUGUGCCUUCAGUUACCGGUUCGGGGCGCCCCUUGGGCCUGCCGGGGCCCUAACCCAGGCUGGUCCCAUUGCCCCCCUCACUACCCUUCUGGGCAGAGCAUGGGCCCAGGCCCUGUAGCAAGGAUUCCCACCCCGAAGGGAAAUGACUGGCCUGUCUUGCCACCUCCCCAACCUGCUUACCCCAUAUUUAAACUGCUGACCCUGGAUCAGUACCUGCUCUGUACUCCAAACCCAAUAAAGAAAGCCUUUUGUACUCACA